UCCUAACGUUUAGUACUACUUAUGAUUUCGAAACUUUGAACGUCUGUAGUUCCUGUUCGAAAACUUUGGCGUUAAAUCAGUGCGAUGGAGAGAGAAGAGAGAAGACCUUUGCUGCCAGACAAAGCAGAACAUUCUUAUAUUGAAGAUGACAAAGGAUCAUACCCACGGAUUCAGCGCCCUACUUUGAGAUCAAGCAUAAGUUAUGAUGAGCUUCCAACUUCAGUUGUUGGAUACCUUGGGAAUAACUACCAUUGCAUCAUAACACCACCUCGAGGAUCAAAAGACAAGAAAGCAAAUGAGAAUAAGGAAUCAAGUUCCGAAAGCACACAGAUACCAGAAACAAUCCACCGAAAUCGGAGGUGGCCCAUAUUUAUUUAUUUAGUUAGCUUGAUUGAAGUUGUUAUCUUGGUGUAUUCGUGUGCCACUGGCAGUAUUGAACCUAUUGGAUUUAAAUCAGACACUAAAUAUCAAGAUGUAUCAGUAUUUGGUUAUAUACACAAUUAUGAAAAUGAGACCAUCAAGGAAAGCAUUGGUGUUAUUCCUGGUGCAAAUAUCUUCAUUGGACCAAAUGCUUCAUUUUUAGUACAAAUGGGAGCCUUGUUUUCUCCGUGUAUGCGAACAGAMAAAGUUAUUGUCAAAAGCAUUGAAAAUAGAAAGAAGAAAGAAGAAAAUUAUCGAUGCUGUUCCUUGAAUGAAGAAUGUGGAAUGAUGAACAAGUCUAGAUGUGUGGAUCCUAGUCAAAUCAUUGGAAACAAAACAACCUGCAAUUCAACAAAUAAAAAAUGUAGUUUUGGUGUCUUGCUUAGACCAUGCUGCAUGGGACUACACACUGAAUGUGAAAUAAUGUCAGAAGAAAAAUGCAAGUUAAUAAGAGGUCAAUGGCACAAAGAUAAAUUGUUGUGCAGUGAGGUUAACUGCAUGGACCAUAUCUGUGGAAUGACGGGUGCCAUGCAAACGCAUGGAAAUCAGGGCUACAGACUUCUUACUCCUAUUUUCUUGCACAUAGGAAUUCUUCAUCUUCUUACAAAUCUCAUCUUUCAACUCAUUUUUGGUAGCAAAAUCGAGAAAGAAAUUGGAACCGUGCGCACUGCCCUGAUAUACCUUAUCAGUGGGUUUGGUGGGAAUCUAGUCAGUGGAAUUUUCACUCCUCUCUUGCCUGAGGUUGGUGCUUCGGGUGCGCUCUUUGGGUUUUUAGCCAUAAUUUUGGUCUGGUAUGUCCGCUAUUAUAGGCUGCUCCAAAAACCUUUCUGUGAUUUGUGUGUUUUGAUUACUAUUAUUUUGAUCAGCUUUGCUAUUGGGACUUUGCCGUAUAUAGGUAACUUCGUCCAUAUCGGCGGCUUUAUAUUCGGCUUAUUAGCGACAAUAGUAUUGCUACCUCGAAAAGUACCAGAACCAGAUGUUGUGACAACAGAACGCUUUUGGCGUGACUGGAUCUCAAAAGGGAUUGCGUUAUCUUUAUUCAUAACACUUACUGUGGCUGGAUUUAUUCUACUCUACUCGAGUGACUCGAAUUUCUGCAAAGCUUGUAGAAACAUCGACUGUAUACGAUGGACUACGAAUUUUUGUCCUGAUAAUAGUCACGAUGGCUUUCUAAAUACAGAAGAAGAUUAGGAUACUUUUCAAAUUUUGUUCUAUAUUCACAUGUCUGGAAGAAGUGGAGGGGAUCGGGACGGAAACACUAAAACGAGGUGAACAAUCUUCCGAAGUAAGUUUUGCUGAUAGAGACAUGUUGAAAAGGCGUUCCAAAGAAGAACCUUCUGGACCGAAAAGGUUUGAGAUUUCAGAGACCGAUAGAAAAUUAUUAAAAAAAAAAAAAAUCAAGGUAUAGAUGUAUUUAUCUAGUCAGGACUAGAAAAGCAUGAUAAUAGAGUGAAGGCAUUUAACCCGUGAAAUAAAAAAUACUAGUCAACGUGUAAUAAUCAAAUAGACACAAAAGAAGACAAUGGAAUUAGGGCCGUCAAAUGUGAUUAGUCUAACAUCUAUUUCACGGGUUUGAAUGACUUUACUCUAUUUGAGCGCGGUAAAGUUUUUCAGGCAAUAUUUUGAAGGCAACGUUAAUAUAUGACGAUGACUAUUAUGAACUGGUAUUAAAGGUUUUUUCAAUUGAA